ACCCGACAGCAGCACGGGCUGUCCUCCACAUGAUCCACCCACCCGACAGCAGCACGGCCUGUCCUUCACAUAUUUCAUUUCACCAGAGUGAAAUGCUAAAAUAACUAAGCAUCGAUUAUGAUUUCUGCUCCUCAGACAAUUGUAGUACAAGUCUGCUUGCUACCUUGGCUCUCUAUAAAGAUGUGGCCACAUUUGACAAGAGUUUUGUCCUGUGGACUAGUGCGCACAAGCAGGAUGUCCAUCUCAGACAGAGGCCCAACAAGGGGACACUUUCUGGCCUGUAGGGCAGAUGGCAGAUGAGCCCGCCAGCCGGAUGUGAAGCUAACAGAACUUUAAUUUACUUAAUUCCACCAUGCUCAGGCAAAGAUGCCACCGGCCAACCCAUCAGGUACGGGGAAGACUUCUGUCUUGGGAUCACAGGAGGAUUUGAAGACAAAAUGCUGUAUUUGUCCAGCAACCACAAGACCCUCCUGACCUCGUCUAAGAAGUCUUGGCUCCAGGAAGUGUACCUGACCGACCAGGCCUCUCACCUGAACCUCUGGCAGGCCACCUUCCUCGAGCCCCAGCUGCGCUUGGAGUAUGAAGGCUCCCCGGUCCAUGCAAACAGAAAACUGGUCCUCUACCAUCGCUAUACGAAUCGAGCGCUGGUGGCCCAUCGGAACCUGUUCUUGAGGACCUACUUUGGAAAAGAAGUUGAGGUUGCAGCUCACACGUAUCUGGAUUCACAGAGAGUGGAAAAGCCAAAGAACGUAUGGCUUUUAGUGACUGCGAGCCCCAGGGAUGACGAGGCCACCAUGCUGGACGUGGCCAAGCCCAGGGCCGAGGACACCCGUGCUGUGGAGCAGGCCAUGGGCCUUGGCCCGCAGUGACGUGCGCCCCCCGCAGUCGUGUUCUUUCUGACCUUGCUCUCGCCAAAUACAGCUU